AUGUUAGAUAAAAUUAGUGAAGAAAAUCCUCAUCUAAUUGGACAAAAAAUAUACCUACAUGAAUUGGGAUAUGUAGAUAGAUUUGGUGAAACAUAUAGUCAUGAUGAACAGAACGUUAAAAUUUUAUGUUUACAAAAAAGUCAAUUUGCAACAAAAGUGAGAGAAAAAGUUAUAAGGUUUAAUGAAGAAGCUGAACCCUUUUUAAUAAAACAUGAUUCUGAAGGUCAAAUAUCUUAUGAAUGUUCUGGAAAAACAACAACAAAUUUACCAAAAGCACUCGCAUGUGGUUUAAGAAACGAAUUAGGAGCUUUAGGUCCUUCAUGUAGUAAUUCGUUGUCAAAUAAACAAGUUGCUACAUGUGCUUCGAUGAUUAAUGAAGUAAAAAAUGUCUGUAGAGAACCUGAUAAUGUCAUGUUUUUAAACUUAAAACAACAUUUGGGAAAAGAUUCUUUAAGUAAUACUAUUUGGAUGGAUAUAUGGAGAUAUAAAUGUGACAUUGAAUGUUUUAUAUUGAAACAAUUCAGACUACUAAAAGAAAGAUUUUUACGAGAAAUAAAUGCAUAUAGAUCAUAUCAUAAAGCUUACCCACUUAUUGAAAGUUAUGAUCUUUCACUAAUAGCCCAAGCUCAAGCAACUAAAAUGGCUUCAUUACAAAAUGUUCCACCUCUUAAAGAAAAAAAAUUUACUGUACUUUAUGGUAAGGAUGACUUGCUAUUUACUCCAUUAAUGAUAAAAAGGUGGUACGAAGAAAUUUUAACCUAUAAUUUCAAGAAUAUCUUUUUUAAACCUACUGCACAUCAUUUUACAACAUUAGUCUGGAAAAGUUCAAAAGUAAUAGGAAUGGGAAUUGCUAAAAGAGAUUGUAAAAUUUAUGCUGUUUUUAUUUUUCAACCAAAGGCAAAUGUAGUAGCACAUUAUAAAAUAAAUGUUAGCCCACGUAUCUUUUAA